CCAGAGCUCACGCUUUCAAUGCAUUUCCCAAUCGUUUGUUUAUUUUGUUUGAAAUGAUGUCUAAAAUGAAUGGUUUGUUGAGACGAAAGAUGAUUGGCCGACACAUGUUGGCCAAGAAGUGGAUCCAUAAGAAGACACGUAAUAAUAGUGUCUAUUACUGGAACCAAAUGCUUGUCUUAACGAAUAUCAACCAAACAAUUGGUUCCCAUUUAGAGGGCAGUCAUAAAAGUCAAUCGAUCUUUAAGAACAAGAACUUAAUAUCGAUGACCGAAAAGGGUUUAUAUAUAGUAAUG